CUUACGGAAUCACUUCCAGCGACUUUCAAAGUUUUCUGUGAGAGUAACAAUAUAGUGACGGACACCCAGCGCCAGUCGGACAACGCAGGUGGCGCCACCGAAGCACCGUUUAACGACGUUGGCGGCUAUCAUAAACCAGCGAGUACGACGCCGACGACCACGACAACACCAUCGACGUCACCAACGACGACAACAUCCCGCACCACGCAGACGAUCAGAUCACCGACGACGAUGAUGAUGACGGUGAUAACUUCAUCGUCAACGUUGGCGCCACGAACAACGACUCCGAAACCGACAACGAUAGCGAUGACAUCGUCAUCGCUACAAACGACAGCAGCGACGACAACAGCAGCCGCACUAACCACAACAAAAACGACGACAACGAUGACACCGCUGCCAACGUCAACAUCGGGCGUGGACAGAACUCCGGAAACUCCUCUACUGACGACUUCCGCUGCUGCUACGGUCACCACGACGACAGCAUCGCUCGUGACGUCAUCGGUUUCUGCUCUCUCUACCGCGCAGACGCGACCGAGGAUCGAACUGACCCCGCGGUCAACGACGCCGUCGUCGUUCUCGACCGAUUACGUCCCGGUGUCUCCCGUCGGCGACCUGAUCCCGGCGAACUACCGCACGAUCGCGCAGCGGAGGAAGCCCGUGACGAAAUCCCCCGCGAAAAAAGCGCCCCCUUUCAAGGUCACCGCGCAUGCGUCCACGCCGCCCAGCAGGCUCCCGUCCGCCACCAGCGCCAGCACGGCCAGCUACACCCCGCCCCCAGGGGGCGUCAGCUUGCGAGAUCUCGCGGAGCGUGGGCGGCAGACGACGGAGCGUGCACGUGACAUGUACGGGAGCAGUAGUAGCAGCAGCAGUAGCAGCAAUAACAGCAUCAACAACAACAGUAGUAGCAGCGGCACCACCACGUGGAGUAGCCGUGACGUAGCUGGUUACUCUCGCAACGAGACGAAGACUAAGCCAGUGCCGGCUGCCGUGGCGCUAUCGUACAGAGACGCGCUAGAGAGCAGGUACACUACCGGCUCUACAUCAACGCCUCCCUCCACCCUGCCCCCGAACACUCGCACUACCACUGCCCUGCUUUCACGACCCUACAGCCAGCGACCGCCAUCGAAUACCUACUAUAAUAACAUUAAUAAUGGCAUUAAUGAUGAUAGCGGUGAUGAUAGUAGCGGCACGGGAUCUAACAGUGCAAAUGCUAUCGCGGACGCUUCAGUGACGUCACAGCCGCCGAUGACGCAUAGCACGUAUGCAAUGGCGGCCAAUACGUCGGCAGCGCCAGCGGUGACGGCUAGCCAAUCACGGGUCGAGACGGCAGUGACGUCAUCAGUAAGCACGACGACGACGUCGCUAUUCGGCGCGGCUUCAGGACGCAUGCGUGAGUACGUCACGACGACGACGACACUAGCGCCGCCGCCGUCGACAACGACGUCGUGGCUGCCGGCCGCCACCAGGCAGAGCCACCUGCUAACGACGAUGCUAGGCUACGUCGCACGUCGCCAGCCGACGUACGGCGAGCGUGAGCGAGAAGGAAACGCCCUCGGCGACGGUGGCGCGCCCUACGCGACCGAUAGACCGGAAGACCUCGACGGGGAGGUCAGUGUGAUGACGGAUCUACAGCAGGUGCGCACGACCGACGAUGAUGACGAUGGCAAUGGCGGCGGCAGCGAGGACGACGGAUGGACGCAGUGGUCAGAGUGGUCAACGUGUGCUCGCACGUGCGGCUGCAGCCGGAGGUCAAGGUCACGGCGAUGCCAUGCUGGUCUAUGCAGUGGCGUUGGUCUAGAGGCGGAGGAUUGCAGGGUCACCGUAAGGUCAUGUGGAACCGGACGAAACCGAUACUGCUGCCGUGGAUGGACACCCGGAACGACGAGCUGUUACCCAGAAGCGCUGGCAGACGAAGAGUUGGGCCCUAGUCUCUGAGAGGCUGUAGCGAUUCACAUGCCUGUCGCUAAGGCACGAAAACCCGUGACACAAAGAAUAGCUUGUGACUGUGACGGUUGGACGACAUCGGGCGAUAUCCUGACGCAUGAGCACAUCCUGACGGCAUCAGUCUACACUGUGACACAUGCGAACAGCAGUCCGCGAAUGUGAGAAUGAACAACAGUAAGCUAAAAUGUGUCAUAUGAACAACAGCAAGCUAAGGUGUGACAUACGAGAAACAAAAUGCUACACUGUUACACGUGAACAACAUCGGUCUAAGCUGUGUCAAAUGAAUAACAAUCCACCAAUGUGACACGCGAUCAACAUCAGUUUGAACUGAGUCAAAUGAACAACAAUCUACGAAUGUGUGACUGAACAACAGCAAGCUAAAGCGUGACAUAUGAACAACAGCAUGCUACACUGUUACACGUGAACAAAAGCAGCCUGAACUGCUAAACAUACAAACAACAGCAUGCUACACUGCGAUGUAUGCAAAUAACAGCAUGCUACAUUGUGACACGUGCAAACAACAGCAUGCUACACUGUGAUACAUGCCAACAACAGCAUGCUACACUGUGAUACAUGCAAACAACAGCAUGCUACAUUGUGACACAUGUGAACAACAGCAUGUUAUAUGGUGACACAUGCAAACAACAGCAUGUGAUACUGUGACACAUGUAAACAACAGCACACUGCACUGUGACACAUGCAAACAACAGCAUGCUACACUGUGACACAUGCAAACAACAGCAUGUUAUACUGCGACACAUGCAAACAACAGCAUGCAACACUGCGACAUAUGGAAACAGCAGUAUGUUGUACUGUGAUACAUGCAAACAGCAGCAUCAAACA